AUGGCCGGAGCGGCAGCGCGCGCUCUCGUGCUCCUCUUGUGCCUCCCGGUCGGUCCCGUUCACUGCGCGCUCGCGUUCACCGAGGAGCCCGGGGACAGGGUGCACAAACCGGACGGAUAUUGCAGCUGGAUCACGCGGGCGCACGGCGCGAGGAAGGAGCUCUACAGCGAGUUUCGGCUCCGCGUCGAAGGAGAACCGGAGAACUAUCAGCCCGCGAGCACGUACAGAGUGACUCUGUACGCCACGAAUCCCUCUUACUUCAGAGGCUUCACGCUCAUCGCUUUAAAGGAAGGACGGAAUGGGGACAAGGAGGAGGAUUACGCUGGGAAUUUUCAGAUCAUUGAUGAAGAGGACACACAGUUUAUGACUAAUUGCCCUCCUGCUGUGACUGACAGCACCCCUCGGAGACGGACCAAAAUACAAGUGUUAUGGACAGCGCCCUCAUCAGGAAGUGGCUGCAUUGUGCUCAAAGCGAGCAUCAUUCAGAGGAAGAUCAUCUCAUUCCAGGAUGAAGGCUCUCUCACCAAGCGCCUGUGUGAGAAAGAGUCGUUAUAUGGUGAGGUCACCGAAAAGCCUCUGCUGGAUUGCUGUGCCUGUGGAACGGCCAAGUACAGAGUCACCUUCUACGGGAACUGGUCCGAAAAACUGCACCCCAAAGACUACCCCAGACGAGCCAAUCACUGGUCGGCCAUCAUCGGAGCGUCACACUCCAAAAAUUACGUGCUGUGGGAAUACGGAGGUUACGCAAGUGAAGGAGUGAAACAGGUAGCUGAGCUCGGCUCGCCCAUCAAGAUGGAGGAAGAGAUUCGACAGAAGGGAGAUGAAGUGUUGACGGUCAUUAAGAUGAAGGCGCAGUGGCCUGCAUGGCAGCCUCUCAAUGUACGAGCCGCUCCCUCGGCAGAGUUUUCUGUGGACCGAACUCGUCACCUCAUGUCCUUCUUGACCAUGCUGGGUCCGAGUCCCGACUGGAACGUGGGUCUCUCGGCUGAAGAUCUCUGUACGAAGGAGUGCGGGUGGGUGCAGAAGCUCAUCCAGGAUAUGAUCCCAUGGGACGCCGGGACCGACAGCGGGGUCACCUAUGAGUCUCCAAACAAGCCGACACUUCCACAGGAGAAGAUUCGCCCUCUUACGAGUCUGGAUCAUCCCCAGAGCCCGUUUUACGACCCCGAGGGCGGAGCUAUAACUCCGGUGGCCAGGGUGGUGGUGGAGAGAAUCGCACGCAAGGGUGAGCAGUGCAACAUCGUGCCGGAUAACGUUGAUGACAUCGUAGCAGACAUCGCUCAGGAAGAGAAAGAAGAAGACGACACUCCAGAGACGUGUAUUUACUCCAACUGGUCUCCAUGGUCGGCCUGCAGCUCCUCCACCUGUGAGAAAGGAAAGCGGAUGAGGCAGAGGAUGCUGAAGGCUCAGCUGGACCUGAGUGUCCCCUGUCCACACACACAGGACUUCGAGCCAUGUAUGGGGCCUGGCUGCAGUGAUGAGGAUGCCUCGACGUGCAUGAUGUCAGAGUGGAUCACCUGGUCUCCAUGCAGCAUGUCGUGUGGAGCGGGCGUUCGUUCCAGGGAACGCUACGUAAAGCAGUUUCCCGAAGACGGUUUUGCCUGCACCCUCCCCACCGAGGAGACGGAGCCGUGCACCGUCAACCAGGACUGCUCUCCUAGCAGUUGUCUUGUGACCGAAUGGGGUGAAUGGGACAUCUGCAGCGCCACCUGUGGGCUGGGCAUGAAGCGGCGAGAGCGUAUGGUCAAAAUGCCUCCGUCUGAUGGAUCGAUCUGUGAAGCCGAAGUGGUGGAGGUGGAGAAGUGCAUGAUGCCCGAGUGCCAUACCAUCCCGUGCUUGUUGUCUCCGUGGUCGGAUUGGAGUGACUGCAGUGUGACAUGCGGUAAGGGAACCCGCACUCGGCAGCGCAUCCUGAAAUCCCCGGUGGAGCUGGGAGAGUGCAGCGAGGAUCUGGAGCAAGUGGAGAAAUGCAUGCUGCCUGAAUGCCCGUCAGACUGCAUGAUGUCUGAGUGGUCUGAAUGGUCAGAGUGUAAUAAGUCAUGUGGGAAAGGUCACAUGAUCCGGACGAGGAUGAUAAAGCUGGAGCCUCAGUUCGGGGGCGAGGCCUGCCCUGAGAUCGUCCAGAGGAAGAAGUGCAAGAUCAGGAAGUGCAAUCAAGGCAGCAGCAACAGCGAUGAGAGAAAGAAGCGCAAAGAGGCCAGAAAAAAGAGAAAGAACAGCCAAGGCAGGCAGGAGUGGAUCGAUGAGCUGGCAGGAUGUAAAAUGAAGCCGUGGUCCGGAUGGAGUGACUGUACCAAGCUGUGCGGUGGAGGGAUCCAGGAGAGACUAAUGUCUGCCAAGAAGAGAUUCAGGAACACACAGUUAUCCAGCUGCAAGGACAGGAAGGAGAUCCGCGCCUGUAACGUGCAUCCCUGCUAAGUGGUGCAGGGGAUUGUGGGAAGGGACUCGAUAUUGAUGAGAUAAGGAUGAGGGUAAAAGGGUUAUGGAUAAGGGCUGAGUCUCAAUCACGGCCCUUUUAUGGUUCAGUGGUUUCCUUCAACCUGUCUAGGGUUGGCAGCAGUUUGGUGUUUGUUUUUUGUUUUUUACUUUUUCUUUUUAUUGUUAUUAUUUUCUUGUUUUAUUUUUUAUUUUUUUAAGUAGAAUGUAGUAUAGUGAUAAUUCGUCAUAUAAAAGGAAAUCCAAUGCUUAGAGUUGAUGUGAAAGACAUUUGAUUUCUAAUUUGUAGUACAUUUCUAUCUGAAAGUGGCUUAAUAAAUUCUGUAAGUUUCUUUUAAGUCAUAAGGUCUAGUAAUUAAAUGUACACAAUGCGAAAUUGUGAUUCCUUUAUUUUUUAAUUAGAAAUUUAAUAAUAUUGGACGAAAGUACCCAAAGUGCAAAAGUUUGCGUACCCAUUUGAAUAAAAGGAAGGCAAUGAAAUUAUUUCCUUUUUACAUCAUUCCUUAAAUAACACUGCAAUAGUAGCUGUAAUGUUCAAAUUAUUGUACUUGACAUAAGAAAAGUUCCUUUUCAAAACUAAUUGUGAAUGCUGAUUUUUGCACUUUAAAUCUCCAGAUAUUAUUAAUAAAACUUUUUCAAAAAUCUGAAUACAUCAUUAUUGCAAUUUAUUUAUUCAACAACAAUCCCAAUGCUAUACAGUGCAGUAGAUGUUUGUCUGGAUGAUUCUUUACUGAGUCAAUAGUUUCAGAAUAAAAUAUCAGAGAAUGCACAUCGCUGUACGUAAUGAACGUCUUAGAGAUUCAUUGUUAGCAUGAGAUAAGACAGCUGUUUAAGACUGGAUUUGGUCUCACUUGUAAAUUGGAUGAAAAUGUCUCCUCAAUUGAUUGUGAAUUGUUUUUUGUUUGUUAUUUUUUUGGAGAACAAAUGGCACAAAAAGAACCAAAGACAGGAACAUUUACUGGCACAAAUCUAGUUCUUAUCCUGUGCACUUCAAAAACUGGAAUGGUUGACUAUAAUUAUUAUCAUUUAACAUUUUAAAUGUAUGAAGUUGUAACCAGAGCCAUAAUACAUGCCAGGUCAAGGCCUCAUGUUUCUAUAGCCAGUGCAAAAAGCUCAAGCAUUUGCUUUUACACCAACUAGCAGC